AUUCAACUUUAAUUUUCAUGACCCACAAAAUAGUGCAAUUCUUUCAUAUACAAGAAAAAAAUUUCCAUUUAUAAUUUCACAAACCAUUCAACUAGAUAACUACCACGAAAAAAAAUGACGGUAACAAACCGUAAAAAACAAGGCGAUAUUUAUAAAACAAGUUCGUCCAUCGCAAGCAAUGUGAUUAACAAGCCAAACGUUUCAGUACACAGUUUUUCCACAUUGUCGGAUUCUUACUGCACUAAUAAUUUUGAUGAAAAUUAUAGUCUCAUGACAUUACCAACAUCAGAUAAUUCUACUGCUUCAUGGCUAGAUGCUGACGAUAGCUACCAGGUCGUUGAUUUUCUAGAUAAAGCGACACGUAUACUCCACAACGAAGAGGACUUUUCUGAUGCAUAUCACAACCAGUUACGUUUUGAGUAUGAACAAUGGAAAAGAAUUCCUCACUUAAGAAUAAUUGGAAAACGAAUUUACCAAUCGAAUGAGAGCAUGCAGAAAAAUCAUCAACAAAGUUGCCAGGUUGACAGUAGACAGACCACUGUUCACAAUAGAGAUUUAGAUUUAUUGCGAGACCAAGUAAUAAAUAUCAUGACUGAAACUUUAUGGCAACGGUUAUUAGACAAAAUCAACAUCAAAAGUGUAAGUCAAAAGCAAUCUAUAUUAGAAUCUCAACAACAUUCUUCUGGUCGAAUAGAGUCUGCAUUAAUUGUUUCAUCAAUAUUGCCGGCUAACAAACCACCAAUAAUGUUUAAAGUCCGACCACAUUUAGAAACCGUUAAUCAAAGUGGAUCUUUGUGCCGCGAACAAAGUAAUUCAAAGUAUAAUUUAAAACCAUGGUCGAACAGCAACGUAAAUAUCUUACCACCUAUAGGCACCCAUCAAAAGAAAGCGGAAAACAGAACAAAACGUUGGUUUUCAGCCGUCAGCACGCCCGGUAAGAACCACGCGUUGCCAAGACCAGUGACUUCGAUAACCACUCACGUGAAUAACACAGCGGUAAACGUGUGUUUCGACAUAUCGAUCGACGGCAAAAGCAUCAAAAGCAUAAAGAAAAAAGAGUACUGUUCACCGUCGUAGUACUACGUCGUAUACUCGAGCAAGCGGUCGCGAGUGUAGUAGCAGCGGCAGUAAUACAGUAGUAUUUCCGAUGUGUGUUUCUUCUUGGGUAUGGGGAAGGAGGAAAUAAAAAGUUAUUUAUCAAAAAUAAAAUUCUUAAUUAUAUACUAUACCGCACUCGGUGCAUUCACGCGUAUUAUACCACCGAUACCCAAUAACAAUCUUUCGGCUCGUCUGUACCACUAUAAUACAUAAUAUACGUAAUUUUUACUGAUGAGGUCGACCGUGGUUUUAAGUACCUAUUUAAUUUUUCUACUAAGAAAUGAAGGCAGCAGCCGCCGCUACCAUUGCUAUAUUCUGCGGUUUAUAUUUUUACUUCUGUCCCUCCCCCGCUGUCGCCACCACCACUAACACCAUCUCCGUCGAACGGCCAACGCGCGAUUAUGAACGAUACAUUUUUUAUUUUUAUUUAUACAUUUUUACACACAUACGCUGUGUACGCACACAUGCGCGCGCGCUCGCACGCGCGCUC